UGUUGCCGAAUGCGAACGGUUUGGAAUCGCCGGAAAAUGCGGCCGGGCUGAAGACAGUGCGAGCGAGUGAGAUACAGAUAGUCGGGCGAGCAACAGUGAAAAGCGUUUGAAGGGCCAUAGAUACAAGAUAAUGCCCCAUAGAGGAGUCGACUCCUCUCCGCCAACCGAUAUGUGAAAAUCACCCAGUGAGGCGAAAGUGAAAGUGUGUGAAAGCCAUCUCGGCGUUUAAAAAAUGCGCACAAUUUAAAGUUCAAAAGUUGGCAGCAGGCGAAACAAAGCAACGUAAGGAAAAACAAACAGAGAGAUGAAAAAAUGCGAAUAUUCUUCAGAUGUUGUUCUUUGAGGCAUACGAAAUACUCAGAUAAAUUAUCAUCAGCCUAAUCAACAUCAGCGUUAUUAUCAGCAGGAGGAGCAGAGAAACUUUUCAUUUUCAGCACAAGAUCAAGUGGGUGGAAGUGGCGAAAUGAGCGGAGCGUCGGGAGCGGGAACAGGUGGUCCAGGUGGUCCAGGUGGUCCAGGUGGCCCAGGUGGCCCAGGCGGCGGUGCCACCCACAUCUUUCGCUCGCUUUCAUCGGAGAGCCAGAAGCGGGAGUGGUCCAAGCGGCUCUCCCUCCGGGGAAUGCGCCAUGGAGGUCCUGGCGUCACAGGAUCUGGAACUGGAACGGGAUCGGGCUCCUCGAGCCUGGCCAGCAGCAAGGAGGAGAGCAAACACAGAAAGUUCUUCAGCCGCUCGGCCUCGUUGCGUCAGGCGGGGAGUGGAGGAGGUGGUAGCCAACAGACCUCCAUGGAGCUCCAUGUGCCCGGCCAGGAGGGAAAGGUCAGUGGAGGAGGAGCCUCCUCCGGAGCGGGCUCACCGCAUUCACAGACCCAGCCGUCGACGCCCAAGAAGUCCAACUGGGAGGUGAUCGAACAUUUCAAUACGAGUGCCAAGGGAGGCAAGGCCAUGGUUAGCAGCAGUUUGAUUGCGGCUGGCAUUACGCGGUGCAACAUAGACGAAUCCAUGGACUCCACCAACUCCAGCUCCACCUGCCACAGUCCCAUGAUCUACCAACGUGACGAGACGCAGCUGUUGCAGCCAGGCGAUGCCGGCAAUGUGGAGGCCAACAAUCCGAUUCCGGGCGGCGGAGGAUCCGGAACGGGAAACGGUCCCGUGAGCCCCAGCAUCUCCUUCUGGUUCCGUUUGAACCGCAUCAUCCUGCGCCUCUGCUCCACGCACCAGUUCAAGAAUCUCCAGGUGGAAAUGCUCUAUCAGCGGUAUUUUCUGCGUAUGAACCAGAGCAAUACUACGCACAUUUUGGCCCUGCUUUUGGCCCUGAUUUUGGCCCUGUCCUGCACACAUUUGGUCUUUACCACGCUGCAGCUGCGGCGCAGCACCUCCCUGCUGUUGGAGAUCAGCGAAAUUGGGCUGGACGCAAAUGCGACCGUUGGCAACUUGACGACCACCACAAUGAAGCCGCCGGCAUCAGCGGGUCAAAUUGCCCAAGGCAGGAGCUUCGUCCCGGUUUUGGCUCACAAUUCCAAUGCCAGUUGGUUGGCAAAAGAGGCGGUGGCAGGGGGCUCCGAUUUGAAAUCGGCCCAUAGCCACAGCCCCGCCGAUUUUGAAGCCGACGAUAAUGGGCAGCCGGGGAGGCAGUGGCGCCGGCAGAAGCGCAAACAUUAUCGACGCCUCCACAAGCACCGGUACAAGCACAAGUCACACCAACAACAUCGCACCAGAUACAGGAUACGGGAGAAGCGGAGUCUGCAGGAUAUUGGGCUGUCAAGGGGGCGAGGUAGCCAGCUGAUUGUUGACACUGCCCCCGAUGAUGUGUACACAGUAUCUCGUGACCAGGACGAUAAGGAUGAGGAUGAGGAUGAUGAUGAUGAUGAAGGGCGUAGGGCUGGCAGUAAACGCAUUACGUAUACGCCGCGUGUCCGCGACAACAAUCAAAUUUCACAAGCGGAACGUGAUGAAGUGUUAAAUACAUCGUCAAACGCAGGUCCUGCAGCCGAUAAUUUGGACACUCCCCUGGGCUAUGGCCACCUCAUCUCCCUGAUCCUGCUGCAGGUGGACAGGUCCGUGCUGGUCUUCCUCAUUGUCAUGCUAAUCUGCGGGAUUGUCUACGCCUUCCUGCUGUGCAUCCUCUCCAAGCCGGCCAUGAACGAGAUCUUCCUGGUGCUGGUGUCCUACGUCAUUUUGGCCACCUUCCUGGCCAUCGAGGUGGCCGUCAGCUAUGCCAUGCAACCCAGCAAAUCCUUCAACGGCAGCGCCUGCUGCAUCGUGCUCAUCUACAUGACCUACACGAUGCUGCCCCUCCGCCUCCGGGAGGCUCUGAUCGGAGGCAUCCUCCUGAGCGUCGUCCAUCUGUACACCUGCCUGAGGUUCACCGCCAUCGAGGACGAGGCGGUGGAGGAGCUCCACUGGGAGGAGCUGCUCUGCACUCUGGUGGCCCUGCUCCUGGCCAACCUCACCGGGGUCUACACCCACUGGCCCAAGGAGAAGGCCCAGCGGAAGGCCUUCAUUGAGACGCGGCAGUGCAUCGAGGCCAGGCUGAGGACCCAGCGGGAAAAUCAGCAACAGGAGCGCUUGUUGCUGUCGGUGCUGCCUCGUCAUGUGGCCAUGGAGAUGAAGGACGACAUUGCGGGCCAGCCACGUGACACACAGUUCCAUAAGAUAUACAUCCAGCGGCACGAGAACGUCAGCAUCCUUUUUGCGGACAUUUGCGGUUUUACCAGCCUUUCGGAUCAGUGCACCGCCGAGGAAUUGGUGCGCCUGCUGAACGAGCUCUUUGCCCGCUUUGAUCGAUUGGCUGCGGAGCAUCAUUGUCUGCGCAUUAAGCUGCUGGGCGAUUGUUACUACUGCGUCUCCGGACUCCCAGAACCCCGUCCGGAUCACGCCCAUUGUGCCGUCGAAAUGGGUCUCGAUAUGAUUGACGCCAUCGCCCUGGUCCGCGAGGUUAUGGCCGUGAAUGUGAACAUGCGAGUGGGCAUCCAUACGGGCCGGGUGCACUGCGGCGUUUUGGGCCUGGUCAAGUGGCAGUUCGACGUUUGGUCCAAUGACGUUACUCUGGCCAACCACAUGGAGAGUGGUGGCAUACCCGGACGCGUUCACAUCACCAAGGAGACCCUCAAAUGUCUGGAUGGCGAUUACGAAGUGGAGGUCGGCAAUGGAAACGAACGCAAUUCGUAUCUCAAGGAUCAUCAGAUAGAAACGUACCUAAUUGUGCCGGGGGAUAUAUACAGACCACACAAAAAGUCCCGCAAUCGCCUGCAGGUCAAUGGCAAUAUAUCCAAAGAACUGCGCAUGAUGGGCCAUGGAACAGCCCAAAAGCACACUUCCAAAUUUGGCUUUGGCGACAGUUCGGAGAGCACUAAGGAUCCCGAGGACGAGGUGAAUGAGUAUCUCAUGCGAGCCAUUGAUGCCCGCAGUAUUGAUCAUCUGAGGGCCGAGCAUUGUCAGUCCUUGUUGCUUUGCUUCAAGGAUAAUGUGCUGGAGAGAAAGUACGCCAGCGAACCGGAUCGCAUGUUGUGUGUUUACUUCUACUGCAGUCUGUUGGUUUUGCUCGGCACCAGCAUAAUGCGGCUGGUGGUGUUCCAGAGCUCCCUGCUGACUUUGGCCUUGUCCACUGGAGCUCUGUUGCUGCUCGGGUUUCUGGUAUUUCUGGUGGCAUGUCAUAAAAUCAACUUUCAGCUGCCAGCGGACAUCAAACGCUUCUCAUUGCGCAUUCAUAGCAAUCGCAGGAUAUCGCAGUUUUUCGCCUUCGCGAGUGUCGCCCUGAUUGUCCUUACCACUCUGCUGGCCAUGUUCCAGGAAUCGGUCCGCCAACUGGAGUUGCUGCAAAGGAGGCGCUUUUGGCUGGAUGUUUACGGGAAUGUCAGUCUGAAUGCCACGCACUCCAACACGGAGAUGCACGACCCCGAGGACCCCUUGUGCGACUUCUACCUGGCAUACAAUACGUUCCUGCUGCUGACGCUGCUCUCGAUGAUGAGCUGUGCCACCUACCAAGUGCUGCGCAUCCUGCUGAAGCUGCUGCUGCUCCUCCUGGCCUCCGGCAGCUACAUGGCCUGCUCCACCUACUUGUACUCGCGCAGCAGGCAAAUAAGCCACGAGUUGGCGAACGAGGAGGCCCUGCUGCGCUACAUAAUUGAUUCCAUCUUCCUGUUCGCCUUCAUGCUGGCCCUGAUUUUCCACAGCCACCAGACGGAGGCCACUUACCGCCUGGACUUUAUUUGGAAGCUGCAGGCCACGGAGGAAAAGGAGGAUAUGGAGCACCUGCAGGCUUAUAACCGAAAACUGCUCGAAAACAUUCUGCCCGUCCACGUAGCCGAGCAUUUCCUGAGCCGCGAAAAGCACCUUGACGACCUGUACCACGAGCAAUGCGACUCGGUGUGCAUCUUGUUCGCCAGCAUUCCCAACUUUUCCGAGUUCUACGUGGAACUGGAGGGCAACAACGAGGGCGUCGAAUGCCUGCGACUGCUCAACGAGAUUAUCGCCGACUUCGACGACCUGCUCAGCGACGAGCGCUUCCGCUGCAUCGAGAAAAUCAAGAGCACGGGCGCCACUUACAUGGCGGCAUCCGGACUCACGGCCAACACCUGCGACCGGGUCAACUUCAGCCACGUGACCGCCAUGGCCGACUACGCCCUCCAGCUGUUCGACAAGAUCGAGGAGGUCAACAUGCACUCCUUCAACAACUUUCGGAUGCGAAUAGGGAUUAACAUUGGUCCUGUGGUGGCCGGGGUCAUUGGAGCCUGCAAGCCCCAAUAUGACAUUUGGGGCAAUGCCGUCAACGUGGCCUCGCGAAUGGACUCCACAGGUCUGGUGGAUCACAUCCAGGUGACCCAGGAGAUGCAGCAGAUCCUUGAGGGGCGCGGCUUCGAGCUCACCUGCCGGGGCAGCGUGGAUGUGAAGGGCAAGGGCUCCAUGAUCACCUACUUCCUCAAGGGCAAGAAGCCCAUCGAAGUCAAGGAGGACCUGGCCCAGGCCGAGAUUGAGCCACCCAAGACCUUGACUUUGGUCAAGGAGCCGGAUAAGACGACCACCGAUAAGGAGAAGCAGCUGGAGCAGGCCAAUGAGGAUUCCUUGGAGCAGGAGGAUGACCUGCUGCCCUCGCCCGACAUCGAUAUGAACUCCAAUAUGCAGAAUCUGACGGCGCAGAGGAGGAAGUCUCUCUGCCGACAGCACAACAUAUCCUCUUCCUUCGGCACCACCGUGAGCAGCUCCACGGGAAUAACCCCUAGUAUUUCCAACAGCUCCAGUGUGGUCACCAUUGGCGCCCUGCCCACCAUCCUGCGCAGUGGUAACCCAAAUCCCACAACCACUGACAGUUGCUCGGAAUGUGGAGGAGCCAGCAAGUCCCUGGCCACGCCCACUGCUCCGCCAAGGACCCUGGUGGCGGAUCUCAAGGAUGAGAUAGCCCGAGAUGAGAAGAUCGGUUUGAAGGACUCCAUUGAGAACCUGGAGAUUCUGCUGAAGAACAACAUCAGUCUGUCGGAUCUGAGCAACAAGCAGCAGCAGAAUCUCCGGGGUGAGACGUGCAGUUCCACCACCACCACUCUGAGGAAAAGGGACACCAUUGUGAGCUUCAAUGUGACGGAGACGGUGACCACCACAGCCACACCCUUCUCCUCCUCCUCGGGGUCAUCCAACUCCUCGGCGCAGCCCAAGAAGCGUCGUUCGGUGACCACCAUUGCGGCCAGUUUCACCACCUCCACAACCACUAGAUUGUUGUCCAACGAAAGCCAGAGCUCCACGCAGACGGCGCCGGGAACCCUGGAGAGCGGUGGCUCCUCGGUGCCUGGCCAAUCCUCCACGGAGAACUCAUCGCAGGACUGGCAGCCCCGAACAGCCUCACUGGAACCCAACCGAAGUCCCAUCAAGACCUCGCAGUCCAUGAGCCCCAUCGGCCAGCUGACCACCGACAUCUUUGUCCUGCCCAACAGCCGGAGCAUGGUGCUCAUCAGCAGCACGAACGGAUCGGUUUCCGGCAUGGGAACUGGGGGCGGGGGCAGUAGCCCGAGGACCGGUCUCCUGCAGGAUGUCAGCACGUAGAGGAUGGGCAGGCAGCCGUGUAAAUAUGUACAAAACCGCCGGCACUUAGCCGAGGCUUAUAAGCCUCUAUAGAGGUAGCAGUAUAUCUAAAGGUAAGGGUAAGGUAAGGAUAGCGGUAAUGAUGGUAAUGGUUAGGGUAAGAUGAGGUGGCUUGAAGAUUGAUUGGGCUUGCCAGUAUUCAGUACAGUCGAACUUCUUUAGCUGGGUACUUUUCUGUUUUAUUAAAACCAAGGUCAUCUUUAAGGAAUAGAACUUCAAUUUAUAUGAUGGCUAUAAUAUAAGAUAGUAUCAUUAUUCAAAACAUCGACAAAAUACCUAUUCUAAACUUUAUACUUCUGUAUUAUGAAAGACUUUAUAAUUUUUUGAAAUAUGAAAGCAAGAAAUAUACUUUGGUAGACUAUAGUUAUACCAACCCUUCUUAAAAAGUAUCGAUCUACAGAAGUUCGACUUUACUUCCAGCUUUUCCCUCUCCCUCGUAUGAUCUCGCAUUUAUUGUAGCUUUACAUGUUCCUCAGUUAGCGUUUCAGGGCACCAACAAACAAGUAAAUUCCAUAUCACACACAUAACUAAAGUACGAAAGCAAGUUUUGCACUUCAACUGGGUACCAAAGAGCAUUGUUAGAACUGUUAGGCAUUCGAUAGGUUGUAAGUUCGGAGGAAGGUCCUUGGAAAGGAGUGUAGGUGUGUAAGGUUCCUAAGUGUGUUUGCAGUAGAGUGUAAAUUUAAAUGGCAUAAGUGUGCAAAAGAAAUCGAAUUUAAUGUUUAUUGUCAAACGAACAAACAAACAAAGUACUACAUGUUGUUGGGGAAUGCAAUUGUAAACUAUAAAUUAAUAAAAUUCUUAAAAAUGUAUUUCGAUGAGUUUUACAUUGGUGUUUAACAGAUUCCAUAUUAAAAAUACUUUCCAAUUAAUUUCAUAAUUAAAUAUUAAAUCAACUUCACAGGAAGUUUUAAAUGUAAUGUUACGAUGAAAGGUCCAAUUGCAUUCCCCGAAAGACACCACACCAAGCUAAGGAACAACAUUAAAUAACAAUUUCAAUGGAACUAUAUUCCAAGCAUCACCAUAUCGAUAAAAGGUAUUUUUUGUGGCUAUCCAGAGCUGGUGUUCUUUCAUAAACCAAAACAAAAAUCUGUCAAUUGAAGAGCAACAAAAGAACUAUAUUGAACUGUUGCACAAACGAUAUUUACUUGAAUAUAAGUUUAAAUAAACAGAGUAUCAAAUACGAGUAAUGUUAAAUGUUAAAACAGUAUCGUUUAUAUGUAACGUUAAAUGUGUUUCAAUGUCUGUAUGUCUCAAUGUUGCUGAAAGCAUCAACACUAAAUGUAAUUAUAACUUUAGAAUGGAUGCAACAUACAUUAUGCGUAAACAAAAAACGGAAACCAAAGAAAAAACAUACAAAAUUCUCGCUGUGAUUUCUAUGAAGAAGAUGAAAAGAUGCAUAAAUUAUUUUAUAACCUUUUGUUACUUAGUUUUAACUCGCAAAUUUUACGAAAGCCUCUCGGCCACUUUGACUACGGCUAGCUACGAACUAUAAUUUAACUGAGAAUCAAGUAUCCUAUAUAGUUUAAACAUAAGUGUAUGCGUGUAUUGAACUUGAUGUUGAUUAGCUUCGAUGUUCAGUUUCAAGUUAAUAAGGACAAAAAUAAACCCAGUCAAUGUAAAUGUUUCAUUGUGCAGUUAACAAGGAAAAUAAAAACCAAAUGUGUUAAUAAA